GGGAAGGAGGAGGGGAGCGCGAGAAGGGUCAGGCGCGCAGGGCUUCCGCGCAGCUCGGCUCCGGGAAGGGCGCGCAGCCUCCACCGCCGGGAUGCGGCCGCCCGCGCUACUGGCGCUGCUCAGCUGCUCCGCGGCUUUUGCUGUGGUGUCUAAGGAGAUAAAAGAAAAGGCCACGCUUUCCCAGGAUUCGGAGCAGAGUAGUCUAUCAAGGAAGCAUGACAUAGACUUAAAAGAAAUUGUGUUUGUCAUCCAGAGUCAAAGUAAUUCUUUUCAUGCCAAGAGAGCAGAAGAGCUGAAAAGGAGCAUCUUAAAGCAGGCUGCAAGUCUGACACAGGAUCUUCCCAGAGUCCUCCUUCUCCAUCAGCUGGCGAAGCAGGAAGGUGCUUGGACCAUCCUUCCCUUGUUACCACACUUUUCUGUAACAUAUAGCAAGAAUUCAGCGUGGAUCUUCUUCUGUGAAGAAGAGACGAGAAUACAAAUCCACAGACUCCUAGAAACACUCAGGCGGUAUGAUCCAGCUAAGGAGUGGUUUUUAGGAAAAGCUUUGCAUGAUGAAGAAUCAACGAUCGUUCACCAUUACGCCUUCUCUGAGAACCCUACAGCCUUUAAAUAUCCCGACUUCGCUGCUGGCUGGGCCCUUAGCAUCCCACUUGUAAAUAAGCUUACCAAGAGGUUAAAGAGUGAGCCCCUGAAGUCUGACUUCACCAUAGAUUUAAAGCAUGAGAUUGCCCUCUACAUCUGGGACAAGGGCGGAGGACCUCCUCUCACUUCCGUGCCUGAGUUUUGUACAGCCGAGGCUGGCUCCCACUGUGCCACCACGUUCCAUUCCUUCCUACCACUCUGUGGAACACCAGUGGAGAAGGCGGCGAUUUUUGUUGCAGUGAAAACAUGCAAGAAAUUUCAUGGCGAUAGAAUCCCCAUCGUAAAGAAGACAUGGGCAGCACAGGCAAGCCUUCUCGAGUACUACAGUGACCACGCCGAAAGUGCCAUUCCUACAGUGGACCUGGGAGUCCCCAAUACGGACAGAGGUCACUGUGGAAAAACUUUUGCCAUUUUGGAAAGGUUUUUGAAUCGCAGCCAUGACAAAAUAGCGUGGUUAGUGAUUGUGGACGAUGACACACUGAUCAGCAUCUCCAGGCUCCGACAUUUGCUUAGCUGCUACAACUCCAGUGAUCCUGUGUUUCUGGGUGAGCGCUAUGGCUAUGGCCUGGGCACAGGCGGCUACAGCUACAUCACAGGAGGAGGCGGCAUGGUCUUCAGCAGGGAAGCCGUCCAGAGACUUCUUGCCAGCAACUGCCGAUGCUACAGCAACGACGCCCCCGACGACAUGGUCCUGGGCAUGUGCUUCAGCGGGUUGGGGGUUCCCGUGACACACAGUCCCCUCUUCCAUCAGGCUCGGCCAGUGGAUUACCCCAAGGACUACCUCUCCCAUCAGAUUCCUAUAUCGUUCCACAAACACUGGCACAUUGACCCGGUGAAGGUGUAUCUCACGUGGCUGGCACCCAGCGAGGAAGACAGCGCCACGCAGGAGACAUGGAAGAAUCCAAGAGAAGAGUUAUAGAACAGAACCUGGGAGGAGCCGAGAGAGAGUCACCCCAUGUGCCGAGCUGUGAUCCAGCUGCUUGGGUAUGCCACACGAAACAGACAUCUCUCAGCCUUCGUGGAAAUAGGGUAUUUUUUGAUGGGUGGACUUGGGGGAACCUGGGGAAUUCCUUGUUUUGAGUGAUGUCGUUAUUGUAACACAGUGAUUACUGUGCCUCUUUUUUUCUGGGCUGUGACUCAACAGCUUUGUGACUGUCACAGGAAAUAAAUGGUACCCGAAGUCCUUUUCUGUUCUCUUCGUUGUAACGGGGAUUCUAAUACAAGAAUGUGACAGACUGUCAUGCUAUAUAAACACUGAGUCUUUCCAUAUGGAGAGUGCUAGUGGAAUGAACCUUUAAGCCAGCAGUUCUCAACCUGUGGGUUGUGAACCCUUUGGGGGUAAAAUGACCCCUUCACAGGGGUCACAUAAGACCAUCAGAAAAACCCAGAGAUUUACAUUACAAUUCAAAAUAGUAGCAAAAUUUCAGUUAUGAUGUAGUAACGAAAAUAAUUUUAUGGUUGGGGGGUCACCACGUAUGAGGGACCGUAUUAAAGGGUCGCAGCAUUAGGAAGGUUGAGAACCACUGCUUUAAAGGGUCCCAUUGAUGAUGGAAAUUAGUUCCCGGGACUGAUUCAUAAAACGUAAAAGUCAUUGUGAAAUCCCCUCUCUCGUACAAUCAUGGUUGUCGUUUGUUACCUCCUCGGCUGGUUACACCCCAGAAAUAGAGACUCGAGAAUAACCACUGACGUUCUCCCGGAAGUCCUCUGCUGUAGUGAGUGUAGAGUGUUGCCAGGAGUUCCGAUGCCAGGCCCACAGGUCUCUUCUAUGUCAGCAAACCCCGUGGGAGUCCGAGGAUCCCGUGGGAGUCCGAGGAUCCCGUGGGAGUCCGAGGAUCCCGUGGGAGUCCGAGGAUCCCGUGGGAGUCCGAGGAUCCCGUGGGAGUCCGAGGAUCCCGUGGGAGUCCGAGGAUGUGAGCUGCACCGGGAGCUGGAGUCAUGCGCGCAUUUCUCCGAGUGUUCCUUAAUAACUUGCUUCUGGCUCAGGAUCGACAGCGUUCACUCUGGCCGCUGCAGCUCGGAACUCAUGGAAGGGACAACAUGGGGUUUGGCAAUUUCCCUGGGUUCUUAAGGAAUGAAAUGGAAUAGAGUGUUUUGAAGCAGCCCUCAUUUCCAAACCGUACCUUUUAAAAUGUAGUAGUUUAACAAUUCAGUAUUGAUGUAUAAGAAACACUGCGUGUUAAUGUUUAAAGCGAGAUGACUGUGUUAUAAGAAGGUAUUUGCACAUUGAUUUGAUCUCGAGCUCGUAAGUUUUGUAUAUUGCAAUGCUUUCCUUUCUGUUUUCAGUCCUCAGUUCAUUAACCUUGUGUAUAAGGCUUCUAAACCCCACAGGUUUAAAGCCACACCACCAAAAGUUCCUGUUUUUUUUUUUUUUUUUUUAACAUUGUGUAUUUUCCAUGUAGCUUACCUUUGACUCAUGUCCAAGUUCCUGCAACAGUGUUUGUCCUUCUUCCCAGCAUCAUUAAGUAUCCGGACUAAUGUAUGGCAGUGCUGUACCUGCUACUUCUGGUCUCUGGCGGAACGCACUGCGCUCAGUCUGUGAGAACCGACUUUGUGGUCCAGCCAGCAAGUGGACUGGGGACAGUUGUGUGAACGUAAAGGACCGUCAGGGUUUCUGGGUGUUGUGCUGUCAUGGCUGCGAGUGUGACCAUUGCUGCCAUUGUACUUGACAUUGCAAUAUUAGUCCUGGGGGACCUGACUGCUACUCCAGUGCAGUGCAGGGAAGUCCUUAGUCAUCCCCACCCCUGUCUGCCUCUGCUCAUGCAAUGUCACCAGCCAGAGAAGAGAGUUCCCUUUAACAGGACAGAAGCCGCGUGUCUGAACAUGAAGACCUGAGUCAGCCUUUCUUCUCUGUUGUGAUCUGUGGCUUCAUCUGGCUCUGGGGAUCCUUCCCUGGUAUGUCCAGAUAGGUGGUCAAAUUUCUUUCCUCUUUGGAACCACAGAAGUCUAACCAUGAAUAAAACCUCUUCAGUUUACUUCUGAUUUUGCAUUUUAUCUAUUAGUUGAGGUCAGAGAGGGGGUGGGGAGGAGUGUGCAGGACAGGCAUUGAGAAAUUGGGAGCACGCGCAGAUCACUAAGACAGUGCCAGCUAACCACUUUAGGAAAAGGCAACAAAGUUAAAAACACAGCUAUAAAGUUAGUAUGCUUGGAUAUAUAGCAAAUGACAAGCCCUAUUUGAGCACCAAGUGAGAAUUGAUGUCUAAAAAAAAAACAACCUUAAUCUGGAGCCUGGAUUUUUCAGGGUACAUACUAUCCUCUUUGGUGUUCUUUUUCUCUUUAAGGAUUUCUUUACCAGUGGAUAUUUUUAUCCUAAGGAUUUAGCACUGAGGAUUUAUGUGUGAAUUACCUGGUAGGCCAUUUUUUCCUUUUAAGCUGUUUCUCAUGACCUAGCACAUUGCCCGGCGGUGUAGGAUAUUUUACAUCUUACAGCUAAAUCGGAAGUCGAGACUCAAAAAUAACCUUUGUCGAAUGCUUGGAAACAUAAUCGCGUGCCAGCCUGAGUAAUGAUGCCAUGCAGGGCGUGGAAAUGCCAGUGUUCUCUGCGCGUCCCAAUUGAUUGAAGCCAUUCAGCGCUUCUGCCUCCCUCGUUGUUAUGGAUGCCUGUAGAGAACUCAGAGAUUCACAGUGUGGUAGACAUUUGUAAGAAUGCCUGUGGUGCUCGCAUUCAUAAAGAUGUCGUUUCUGCGGAAGAAAAUCAAUCAUUACCCCAUGAAGUAAUGUAUCAGACUUCCAAGAGUGCCCUUUCCCCCACUCACUGCCUUGUUCCUGCCAUCUCUGAAUGACUGGCGUGAAAGGGUGCUAUGGUUUACGUCCCCAAGCCCUCUAAACAAAUCACCUGUGAAAUGUGUUUCUCCUCCAUUCUAUAGAAUAAAAUAAAAAAAGGCUUUGUUUGUCGUA